GUGGUUUACGGAUUUAUUGUCAGAAAUUUGAUUGAUUGUAAACUUAUCGUUCAUAUAUGUUGACACCAGUCAUUGCCAUGCUGUACUUUUAAUCCAGCAAGCCAAAAUACCGUUAAAGAUCAUCUCGCAAUACAAAUGAAUAAUGAUAUUUUUGGAAAUACUCAAUAGAGCGGUUGAGGAAUCUCUUCUAUAUCGAUUUGAGAAUGCAAAAAAUGGUUUAAAAUUCGAGAAAUUCAACCAAACACUAGCUGAUUUUGAUGGUGCUAUUUAUCAUUUAAGAAGUGUUCCAAAUGACCGAUCGAAAAUUCUUGUCAGUAUUACACUAAACUUUUUUCAAGAAUUACAGGAACAUGGAGCAAACGAGGUAUUGAGAAGAGAAUACGGCCAGUAUUUACUUAAUAAACCUGAAGAUGGUUGCAGUGUCUCAUUGUUAUAUGAUCUAGAGCAUUUACCAGAAGAUUAUGCCUUAAUAGCACAGAAAGCUGCUUUAUUAAAAAGAAAUUGUUUUGCUGCCGUAUUUGAGAAAUUUUUUGAAUUUCAUGCUUCCAUGGGUGAAGACGCUGUUGGUUGUAAAAAAGCUGUCAUACAUUACCGACCAGAUGAAACACUUUACAUCAGUGCACUUGCCGAUCGUGUUACUGUUAUAUUCAGUACUGUAUUCAAAGAAUCGGAUGAUCUAAUUAUUGCUAAAGUAUUUUUACAGGAAUUAACUGAAGUCCGACGACGUUUUGAUCGAGCGCCUCAAGUUCUAUAUUCUCAGUCAGUACCUCCUAGUGAAUUAGUUGGAACAGAUGCAGCUGUCGGUGAUAAUGUGGCGUAUAUCACAUUUGUUCUAUUUCCUCGACAUCUUACACCACAAGCAUGUUCACGUACUAUCAAUCUUAUUCAUAUAUUACGCAAUUAUUUACAUUAUCAUAUAAAAUGUUCCAAAGGUUAUAUUCAUCGAAGAAUGCGUGCUAAAACAUUUGAAUUUAUUAAAAUUUUAAAUCGUGCUAGACCACAAUUUUAUUGUUUAAAUCCUGUUAUACAAACUGGUACUUCUAUAAUGACAACAACAACAUCAAUGAAGUCAAUUUCUUCAAAUUCAUUUGUCACAGAGUAUAGCAUAACAAACGGUGAAAAUGGUAUAGAUGAUCAUAAUCAUAGUAAUGGUAUUGAUGAUGAUAAUAAUAAUAAUAGUAAUGGUAGUAAUAAUGCAAGUAUGCAGACAAAUCGAAAAAGUAUAAUGUCAACAAUGAAAGAUACUGGAUCAAUGUCACAACAACAUCAGCAUUUAUCAACACCAUCAGUUCAACAAACAUCAUCAUCGUCCUCGUAUACAACUACUCUUCCUCAAUCUUCAGAUUUCAUGCUCAAUAAUGGUUAUAUAUAAAGUUUUUUUUUGAAAAAUAAAAGAUGUAUUUUAAAUUUGUUUCCCCAUUCAUUUUGUUUGGAUAUAUGUGUGUGUCUGUUCCUUCAUUUUUUUUUUACUUGUGCCAAACUAUCUGAAUACUAAGUAAUAUGUAUACUGGUUAUUCAUUAUAGAACCAACCAACCAACUAAAAAUAACUUCCUAAUAUCAAUUUAUUAAUAAUGGUAUCAUAUGCAUAGAAAGAAAAGAACAGAGUUAUUUCAUCUCUUUCUCUCCUCACCCUCUCUCUCUCUCUCUCUGUGUGUGUGUGUGUGUGUUUCUAUGGCUUAGUUAGAUCAAGUUUCUUCCAUAAGCCAUCAUUAUCAUCGUCUGUUUUUUUCCUUCUGAUUGUGCAUAUGUGAUAGGUAAUGUAAUUGUGAAUAGUUUCAUUUUGAAAUAAUAACUUGAUAAGGAAGAGAGACCUGUGAUUUUUAUCUUAGUUACAACUUCAUUUUUUACACUUGGAUAUAUAUGUGUGUGUGUGUAUGCCUAGAUUGAUGAUGCAUGUAACUAAUCUAAGAUAUACAUAUAUAUAUGUAUAUACUUAUGUAUUUGAAAAAUUCUUUCUUCAUCCACUUGUUCAUAAACCGUAUCUUCUGCAUGGUAUCAUUUUUCAUGCUACAUUAUUACCGGUUUCUUCUUAUUUAUCUUUAGGGUUUACUUUAUUGUAAUUUGUUUAUCCAUCGUCGUUGUUGUCAUCGUCGUUGUUGUUCUUGUUGUUGCUAUGUUUUCUUUCUUUUUUUUAAAAAGAAAUAAAUCGAAAUACAAAUGUUUUGUUUUUGUUUUUCUUUAUUCUAUGCUUAUUUACUUUUGAAAUGUAUUCAUUUUCUUUAUCUAAUUGUUAACAGACCUUUGUUUAUUUCUUGUUAAUAAAAGACCACAAUGAACAUUGAUAAUUGUGAUUAUCAAGAAAUGAAUAUGUAUCAAUGUUGUACUUUAUCUGUGGAUGCAUUUGUUUCUCCUUCUUCUUCUUCUUCUUCUUCAUCUUGAUUGUUGUCUUCCUGUUUCUACAAUUGGUUCUUAUUCUUAUUAUUAUUAUCUUGUAAAAGGUGUAGGUGAUUGUUUCGUAGUGUGACAGAAUUUCCCUACAAUCUCCUAUAACAAAUCAAUUGAAUCUUUGUAAUAUUGAAUAGUAUAGUAUAGUAUAGUAUAAGGCAUUUAUUCAUGUUAUUGUAAACAUAUACAUUAUUUACUAUUAUCAAUGAUGAUAUUACUUUAUAAUGAUUAUUAAAUAAAUGAUAAUAAAUUCAUAUUCAUCUCC